UGCUGUGUCAGCUCCCUAUCAGUCAGAUUUGGCCACACAGUAGACUCUGUGGCUGCAGUGCAGCGGUGGGAAGUUCCCAGUGGGAAGGCACAAGGCAGUACAAUCUUUGGCAGCCACCUCUUCUGUGCUCUUCUCUCCCACAGUGAACUUGUACUGGCAGAAGACUUUAUCUGAUGCUCUCUGUGAAGGCACCUCACCAUGGAUUCCUUCGUGCUCUACCUUUCAACAAGCUUAGAUUAGCCAAUACAGAGAAGACAUAUGGGACAGCACUCCUGCUUUAACUAGAGAUCCAAGCUCCAAACACAUGUCACAGAGUUUGUGUUGUAACCCAGUGCUUACAGAAGCUGUUAAUUUUCUCCCAAGGUGUGUGCCAGCACACAGCUUGUUUUGAUGCCUCCAAACCAUGCUGGCAAAUGCUUAAGUCAGCAAGGAACAGAGACUGCUGAGGCCAUGUCAUCCGUGAGCAUCGAGUGCGUGGCCAAGGAGGGCUGCAGGAUCGGGGAGUCGCCCGUGUGGGACGAGAAGGAGGGCGCGCUGCUCUUCGUGGACAUCACGGGAAGGAAGGUGUGCCGCUGGAGCCCGCUCAGCCGGCAAGCACAGGCCAUUCCCGUGGAUGCUCCUGUGAGCUCCGUGGCUCUCCGGAAGUCUGGGGAUUAUGUCAUCACCCUAGGAACCAGGUUUGCUGCUUUGAAAUGGAAAGAGGAGCUGGUAACCACCAUUACUCAAGUGGACAAGGAUAAAGCAAACACCCGAUUCAAUGAUGGGAAGGUGGAUCCUGCAGGGAGGUAUUUUGCAGGUACAAUGGCAGAGGAGAUUCGUCCCGCCGUGCUGGAGAGACGCCAGGGCUCUCUGUACACGCUCUUCCCCGACCUCUCAGUGGUGAAGCACUUUGACCAGGUGGACAUUUCUAAUGGGCUGGACUGGUCACUGGAUCACAGGACCUUCUUUUACAUUGACAGCCUCUCCUACUCGGUGGAUGCCUUUGAUUAUGACCUCCAAACUGGAAAAAUUGGCAACCGUAGGAGUAUAUACAAACUGGAAAAAGAGGAGAGCAUUCCUGAUGGCAUGUGCAUUGACACAGAAGGCAAACUCUGGGUGGCUUGUUAUGAUGGUGGGAGAGUGAUUCGCAUUGACCCUGAGACAGGAAAAAGACUCCAGACUGUGAAACUUCCCGUAGACAAAACAACUUCCUGCUGUUUUGGAGGAAAGGAUUAUUCAGAAAUGUUUGUGACUUCUGCCAGUGAUGGGAUGGAUAAAGAGUGGCUUUCACGGCAACCGCAGGCUGGUGGGAUUUUCAAGAUAACAGGACUGGGGGUGAAAGGAGUUCCACCGUAUCCAUUUGCAGGUUAAAUACAUUCUUCAGAAUGGAUUAGAGAGGGCUGAUGUAAGCGAGACAAGUCUGAAGGUCUUAUCCUGGUGUUCAGCAUCUUUUGCUUGGAAACCAUUACACCAUUAAAACAUUUCAUCAGGAAAGGAUGAAAAACUACUGAAAUACAUGAAAUAUUUUAAAACUGAUCUUUGUUUUCCUUUUAAAUUUACUUUUAAUAUAUGAUGGUACUUUUUCUGCUGUGCUAAAAAGAUUCUCAUCCUAAUAAGCAACUGUUGUAAUUCUAUUUUAUGAUUAAAUAAUAUUUUAAUAUA